ACGUCAGUGUGGGAUCCAAAAGAGAACCUACCGACAGACUAUGCUAGGAUAUUCCAGUUUGAAAAUUUCACUGCAACCAAGAAGAGGAUUCUAAAAGAAGACAGAGAUUCUGGAGCUAUGCCUGGCUGGUAUGUGAGGUUACAUAUAGAGGGAGUACCUGCAGAAUAUAUGGCCAGUCGCUCCAGUGACAGCCCUGCAGUUGUGUAUGGAUUACUACCUCAUGAGCAAAAGAUGUCAGUCAUGCAUUUUAUUGUUAAGCGUCACCAUAGCUACAAUGAACCAAUCAAAUCCAAGGAAAGGAUGAUCUUCCAUGUAGGAUUUAGACGCUUCUCAGCUUGUCCCAUAUAUUCAGAGCAUACUAAUGGUAGUAAGCAUAAGUUUGAUAGGUGGUUGCCCAAUGAAGGGAUGGCUGUUGCCACUGUGUUCGCUCCAAUCACUUUCCCAUCUGCCCCGGUGCUAAUGUUCAAAGCCAAUAGUGAUGGUAGCCAAGAUAUGGUAGCCACAGGCAGUGUUCUUUCUGUGAAUCCAGACCGCAUCAUCUCCAAGCGUCUCAUCCUCAGUGGCCACCCAUUCAAGAUUAACAAGAGGACAGCCACUGUUAGAUAUAUGUUCUUCAACAGAGAGGACAUACUUUGGUUCAAACCAGUUGAGCUACGCACCAAGCAUGGUAGAAGGGGUCAUAUCAAGAUGCCACUAGGUACACAUGGACACAUGAAGUGUGUGUUUGAUGGUCAAAUGAAGUCUCAGGAUACUGUUUUA